AUGGAGCACUUGGGACGUGAGGAGCAAGGAAGGACUCUGCAUGGGACUCAACUCGACCGCGCAGCUCAGGAUGAAGAAAGGUCUUUUGGAGCAUUCUGGAGCAUAUGGGACAUAGGAGCAUGGAGGGACUUGGCACAUGGACGCAGCUCAACUGGAUACGCAAAGGAAGAAGGGAGAAGCCAUCUUGAAGACCAGCUCGACCGUCUACUCGACCGGCCAAGCUUCAACUCGAUCGAGCUGAGAAGUCAACAGUCAAACCCGAAAAAUGUGUAUGCGAACUCGAUCGAGUCGGUCUACAGAAGACUUGGUCGAGCUAGACUUACAACGGGUAGAAAGAGGGUUCAGAGGUCACAGAGGGUACAAGAGGAACCUGAGGUGCUUGUUGCUGAUACAAUGGAUGUACCAGAGGGGAAUGGAAACCCUUUGGGAAUGGACUCGGUCGAGCUAGGCAAACUCGACCGAUUGGUCAAGGAGAUGCUCCAAACCGCCACCAACAGAGACAAGGGAUUGUUCCACCACCAGUGCAGAACCACAACUUUGAGAUCAAGCUGGGAAUGA